AUGGACAAGGAGCAGUCAGAGGAAACUCAAACUUCAGACAAGACCGAGUGUCUGUCUGAACCAGAAUCAUCACCUUAUUCACCAAAAACUGACAGGCAAAGAGCCAAAUCUCUGCCUGUAGACCUAUACCAGCAUGAAUCUUCCUCACACAAGGAACAUCCAGUCCGUGGAAAGAGAGUCCAGUUUGCAGACAUGAUGGGGUUGAAUCUGGCAAACGUCAGACACUUUGACAUCUCUGAUGUUGCAAAUGAAACAUCUGGACUCCAGAAUCAUCCUCCAAACCAGCAGCUUCAGCAUCUGAAUUCAGCACGUUUAGCACCAGCCUUUGAAAUGCCUGUUAGUUCGCUGGAGUUUGAUAUGAAGUCACGCCGUCUGGGAGUCGCAUUGGAGAGUGUCACAAUAACCGCUUCUGAAGUGAAGGGUGUGAUAAGAGUGAUGCAGAGCAACGCAAGAGAAGCUGGGGUCAGGUACACUUUAAACAACUGGCUGACAUUUUCGGAUAUACAAGCUGCAUUGAGACUGAAGAAUGAAGAAAAGGGGCUAGAGUGGGAAAAGUUUGACUUCGUUUUGCACACGCCAUUCUGUUUUGACAAAGAUUCAUCAGUGCAUUUCGCAGUGUAUUGUCAAACUGAUCACGGAAAAUACUGGGACAAUAAUGACGGACAGAACUACACUUUGAGGAUUCAGACUCACUAUACUUGA